GAUGGCUUCAAACCCGUGAAUGCUUGGGUCUUGAGUGGUAUCUCAUGGCUCGACGACGUGCAAGCCUUCUAUCGGGAACGCAGCGCCAUUGAAAAGGAGUACAGCCAGAAACUCAGUGCCCUCGCCAAAAAGUACUUUGACAAGAAGACCCGUAAGCAGAGCAGUCUGAGUGUUGGAGAUACUCCGACCGUCACUCCCGGUUCUCUAGAGAGUGCUUCCAUGACAACCUGGAGUACCCAACUUACCACCCUCGAGAACCGCGCUUCCGAACACGAUCGUUUCGCCACGCAACUCAUCUCUCACCUCGCCGAUCCUAUCAAGCAUUUGUCCACUCGAUGCGAAGACCUACGUAAACACCAUGCCGACUAUGCCGCCAAACUCGAGAAAGAGCGUGACAACACCUAUGCUGAUCUGCGCAAAACAAAGACAAAGUACGACAGCGUCUGCCAGGACGUCGAGAAUCGCAGAAAGAAGAUUGACAGCAGUUUUGACCAUGGCAAGACCAAGGCCCAGGCCGCCUAUGUACAGAUUCAGGCAGAUAUGCGCAACACAAAGAACACCUACUUGAUCUCCAUCAACGUCACCAACAAGCAGAAGGAGCGAUACUAUCACGAAUAUGUGCCCGAUCUGCUCGACUCGCUGCAGGACCUGUCCGAGACCCGCGUCGCCAAGUUGAAUACCUUGUGGCUACAAGCAGCGACCAUCGAAACACAAACCCUUUCGCGAUCCACCCAGCUCCUCGAGCACCUCUCAGCUGAGAUUCCACGCAACAACCCCGUUCUCGAUUCCAUGAUGUUCGUCCGUCAUAACGCCGCUAACUGGCAAGACCCCACCGAUUUCACCUUCGAGCCUUCGCCAGUAUGGCUAGACGACGAUGUUAUGGCGUCCGACGAUCUGAGCAAGACUUUCCUGCGUAAUAUCAUGAUGAGAAGCAAGGGGCAGUUGAACGAGCUGCGCAGAGAGUGCGAUGCUAAGCGUCGUGAGGUCGAGGGCGCCAAAAGAGUACGUCAAGCAAUUAGAGAUGGCACGGACAAGCGUGACGAGGUCGAGGUUGUGCGGGCACAAUUCAACCUGCAAGAGUCACUACAUGAGGCGGAGAGGAAGAAGGUGACGUGCGAAGUCGAGGUCAGCACCAUUGCAACUGCUGUUGGUGACCUGAGCAUUGGUGCUCAGAACCACGCCUUCAAGUCUCAGACUUUCAAGCUGCCUACGAACUGCGAUCUUUGUGGUGACCGUUUGUGGGGGUUGUCAGCAAAGGGCUUUGACUGUGAAGACUGUGGCUUCAUCUGCCACAGCAAGUGUCAGAUGAAAGUACCGGCGAACUGUCCAGGUCCCCUGGAUAAAGAACAGAAGAAGAAGAUCAAGGCUGAGCGACAGACCGCAGCUUCAGCGUCCACUCCUCCAGCAGCCAAUGCAGCGGCACAAGGCUCAUCUGACUCUGUCAACGACAUGCCACGUCUCAACCGUACCGACACGAUGGGUAGCAUGAACACGCUUUCGUCCGGUUACGCUGCAAGCGCAAAUCGCAGCGUGUCUGGAACGAACGUCCGGCCAGCCUCAAACUCGAAUGAUAGCGCCAGCGACCUCGGGCGGUCAAACACGGCUAAGCGUCGUAUCCUGGCACCACCACCAGACCACUACGCAAACAGCAAUGGAGAUUCAGCAGACAGCCAACCUCGCGCCAAGAUGAUGUAUCCUUACCAGGCAAGUGGUGAUGGUGAAAUUACCGUGGACGAAGGUGCCGAAGUCACGAUCGUUGAACCAGACGAUGGCGUUGGCUGGAUGAAAGUCCGCACACACUCUGGCGAAGGUCUUGUUCCAGCCUCUUAUGUCGAGAUGAUGCCUUCGUCACCUGUGAGAUCACAACCCGGUCAUCGCGCAUCUAUAACCAGUCUAGCUACUUCGAUCGCUUCUUCUGCUCCAUCGACGAAGAAGAAGGGCCCCGUUGUGGCUCCUAAGCGUGGUGCAAAGAAGCUCAAAUACGUCGAAGCAUUGUACACGUACGCAGCUAGCGGCGAAGGUGAGGCCAGUAUGGAUGAGGGUGAGAGAUUGGUCUUGAUUGCACCAGAUCAGGGCGACGGAUGGUGUGAGGUCGAAAGGGCAGGCGGUCAAGGUAAGGACUUGUCCCUGCCGGGUGGGGGAGACAGCUCUAGGUCGGCAACGGAAUACGAAUCUGAAAGUGAUCUCAUCACACCGAGGCCGGGACCUGCCAACCCCUCCUUACGUACCCAUGCCAAUCUAUCAACACCUGUGCCGCCUUUCUCUUCCUGGUCGAGCAGCCGUGACCGUCGCUUCUAUGACUUUACCAGCGAAAGUGAAGUGGAGCGGCCGAAGAGAGGCGUCUAUCACAGCACUACCGCUAGCGAGUUCGAGGAGGAUUCAUCGNACAAAAACGAAACAGAACCUCACACCUCUGAACUCUUAUCAUUGAAGCCACCAGAGAACCAAGAAAGGCCAAUCAACCCUGCUGCGCCUACUAGCGAAAAGAAGGAUAUCGGUGAUCAGCUUGAGACCGAGGACCAUCCACCAGAGCCAUAUGCAAAGCCUACAAAAUCAGAACAACCCAAGAAGAAAAGCCCUAGAACCAGUCCAGGUCGUCGCCAGGGCUCGAGUUCGAAAACAAGUCCUCGCCAGAGUCCAGAGCGUAGUGCGAAACCAGGCCUCGGGAACAUACCAAGACAGGCCUCUUCCCGCUCAUUGACACCAGGAAAGGUUUCGCCAUCGCUCGAACCUCGCCGUAGUGUCACCUUCUGCUCGACUCUUCCUGCCCGACCAGACGGUUCUGAUAGAUCCUCAUCAUUCAUGUCUCGACGUAACAACGCCAAUCCCGACCGUGCACGCGAUGAAGCAGAAAGCAGUGCAGACGAGAACACGGCAAUCGUCAGACGCAGAACCGGCGUGGGCACGUAUGGGAGUACGGACCUAGAGCACACUGUCACUGCAGGAUAUGACGGCGCAGCAGAAGAAGGGCUGGAUCGAGAACCGAGCCCUAUUGAACGCAGAAGAAAGAGUGGUACAUCUCAGCGAGUUUCAGGUACUCGUGGAGGCAGAGACUCAAGACAAGGCAGUGUCGGGACUGGCCAAGAGUCUGAGGAUGAGGUGGACAGGGAACACUAUUGGCGACAGCUUGUUGAAAAGUAUGGCAGCGUCGAGCUUGAGAACAAAGGGAGUGUUGCACGCGAUCAUCUUGCACUGGAGCGCACGUUUCUAGCAUGGCUGCGUACCUCUUUGUCGUUUGCAUCUAUCGGCAUCGCCAUCACACAGCUCUUCAGACUGAAUACAUCGAUUGCCAAUGAAGACGACUCGGAAUCAGCAGCGGUAGUAAACAACAUCGACAGGGAAAAGUUGCGACAACUGGGCAAGCCACUAGGAGUGACGUUUCUUGGANCAAUUCUCAUUCUUCUACUCGGCUUUCACAGGUAUUUUGAGAGCCAGCACUAUGUGAUUCGUGGCAAAUUCCCAGCUUCGAGAGGUAGUAUUAUGGUUGUGUCGUUUGUGGCAGGAGCGUUGAUUGUGGCGAGUUUGGUGGUGGUCGUUGCUGUCGCUCCUUCUGCUUUCGAGACGUGA